AGUACUGUAUACCAAGUUAAAGGACAAAUAAAUGGACAAACUAUUUUACCAAUGCCAGUUGGCGUGGAACGUUUGGAUACUAUUGAAAAAAUAGUUAAAGAAAGUGAUGGAAAAAUAGUCGAUCUACACUUUAAAUCAGCUGUUGAAGGUGUUAUUAUAAAAUGGGCGACUCAAAUAACUGAAGUAUUAAGUGCAGAUUCUGUAUCGGCAUUUAAGAGUAAUCAACACUUAACGCCUUGGGCUGAAGUGGCGUUUUGGAAUAAUCGGGUACAAAAUUUAGAAUAUAUUUUUGAACAGUUGAGAGAUCAACGGAUAAUGAAAAUGACUACUAUUGUUCAGCUAACCAACAGUGCCUAUUAUCCAUGUUUGAAGAAUAUCUACGCAAAUGUUAUUUCUGCACUGGAAGAGGCUAAUGAUAUCGUUCGCUAUUUGAAGCCGUUGCAAAAACAUUUUAAAUUAUUAGAAGAAACUGAUUUCGGUGAUAUAGCCGUAUGUUUAAGUCCGCUGAUGCAUGUCGUUUGCUUAGUGUGGUCCAAAUCUCGAUUUUACUGUAGUUCCGGCAAGAUUAUUGUUCUUUUAAAGCAAAUAUGUAAUUUAUUGAUUACACAGGCAGUUCGAUACUUGGAUCCAACAUCAAUAUUUCAAAGUGAUAUCCAUGAAACAAAAUUAAGAGUCCGUCAUUGCAUAUUUAUUUUUGAAAAGUUUAGGAAUAUAUUCAACGAUUAUCGUAAAAAAUUACCGUCGUAUUUUGAAAAUGAAGAAACUGCACUUUUGUGGACUUUCCAUCCAAACAUAAUUUUCAGCCGUACAGACUUAUUUAUUCGUAGAUUACAGAUAAUUGAAUGGUUUUUCGAUACGGUUGUUGAAUUUACAAAACUGGAAAGGAUCGAAUUUAGCGGACUUAAAGGUCGAUUGCUCAGUGCUCGUAUAACUGAAAUAUAUUCAGAUUUCAAUGAGCAGUUCUCAUUGUUUUCCAGCAAAGCAUACGAUGUUCUUGAACCAGAAGACGAGCGCUUCGAAGUAGAUUAUGAACAGUUUAAAGAGAGUAUCAAGGACUUAGACCAUCGCUUAGCAUUUACGCUUAGUCAAGCGUUUGAAGAUAGUCAUAAUUUAGACAGUGUAUUCAAGUUAAUUGAAAUUGUGGGUGUCGUAAUGGAUCGGUCUGGCAUGAAAGAUAUGUUUACAAGUAGUUAUGGUAAAAUUCUGAACAUGUUGUCUAACGAAGUGACAAUUUGUAAAAAUUUAUUUGAGAGCCAAUUAAUUGCUAUAAAAACUCAGGGUUCAGCAAACGUCGAUAAGCUUAUGCCACCAAUAGCGGGUUCCUUGAAAUGGUCAAAAACACUUAAAGCUAGAGUUGACCAUCCAAUACAAUGUUUUAAAAAUCUUGAUCAUCCAAUUGUACAGUCUAAAAAGGCCCAAUCAAUUAUAAAAGAGGUAGAUGAAAUGAUUAUUUCAUUAAAUAAACUUGAAACAGAAUUAAUAGAUAAUUGGAAAGCUACUGUACCAAAAAGAUGUGAAGAGUUAUUAAAGUUACCAUUAUUUGAUCGUAGAUCCAAGUGUAAUGAGUUACAACUCAACUUUCAUCCAGAGUUAGUUGCGAUAUUGAGAGAAGUUCAUUAUUUCCGUUCGUAUGAAUUGAAUGAUAUACCUAUUGAAGCAUUACAAUUUCACGAACGUGAAGAUACGUAUAGAAUAUAUUGCAUUAAUCUUAAUAACACAAAAGAAUGUUACAAUAAAUUGAGAAACAAUAGCCGAGAAAUUGAGUUUCAGUUGGUUCAAGAAGAAAUACAACAAAUCGAUGAAUUAGUUAAAAAAGGGGAAUAUUCAUUAAAUUGGAACUCUGAAGGUCUUAACGAAUACAUCGGAAGUGUUCAAGAUCUUGUAUACAAAUUAUACCGUAGGGUACAAAAGACACAAGAAAAUAUUAAACGGAUGCGAUCGGCAAUAUCUUCGUGGGCCAGACUGCCGGUAUUAUGUCGAAAAGAUAACAAAAAAGACACUCUAUUGGCAAUGGACGAUCGCGUUGAACGAUUUUCCAAAAGACGAAAAGAAAUUGAAAAAGCUGCUACGGAAAUCCAUAAACUCCUUAAAGAAAAUUGCGUAUUAUUUGGUAUGCAAGACCAAACGAAUGUCAAGCAAUGGCUAAAUUAUAUGGCUUUCGUAGAUUCCAUUGUUGCGGACGCUUUGUUGAACGCUAUAGGAUGCAGCUUAUGUUAUAUAGCAGAGAAUAUGAUCCCGGGGGUAUCGAAUGCACCAUUAUUUGAGGCUUGUCUCGAGUUACAUGAACCGGAUUUGGUUUUUACGCCCUCGUUAGAUUCGAAUACCGAAGGUAAUUUUUGUUCCAUCAUUCAGAAGAUAAUCGAAGAAAUAAUUGAACUUUCUAAACUGAUGCCACGGAUUUGUGACAAAAAUAAUGCUCGUGAUUACUUUGAAGAAAUGAAUUGCAAUACUGACAUUCGUGAUAUGAAAGAAGAUAUUAUGAAUACAGUAACUCGAGUGAUAGGAGAGGCAAACGAUUAUUGUGUAAAUUUUGAAAACUAUUCAUACUUAUGGUUGGAUGAUCGAGAACUUUAUAUGCAACAUUUUUUACGAUAUGGACAUCCACUUUCAAUUGAAGAAUAUGAAAAUAUGUCACUUGAUGAUACUUAUUCCCCACCUAUUGUGAAUCCUACAAUGGAUCAAUUUAAGGAACAAAUUGACAAUUUUGAAAAUCUCUAUUGUGAAAUUGAACAGUUAAAAUCUGUUCAAGUAUUCGAUUCAUGGUUUCAAGUAGAUAUGAGACCUUUUAAACAAGCGUUAUUAAACACUGUAUGCAAAUGGAGUCAUAUGUUUAAACAACAUUUAAUGGAUACGGUUACAAAUAGUCUAUUUGAUUUGGCCAAGUUCAUACAAGACGCGGAUGGAGGUUUAAUGCAACCUGUAAUAGAGGGAGAUUAUGAGGUUCUCGUUAGUGUUAUGGGCUAUUUGUACAAUGUAAAAGAAAGACAAUCUACAACAGACGAAAUGUUCCAACCCCUCACAGAUACAAUACAAUUGUUGAAAUAUUAUGACAUGGAACUAUCGGAAGAAGUUAACGUUCUAUUACAGGAGCUUCCUGAACUUUGGAACAACACUUGUAAAUUAGCUAUUAAUAUCAAACAACAAGUAGCUCCUUUGCAAGCAAUUGAAGUCAAUAAUAUUCGAAACAGAAUAUCGCAUUUUGAUAGUAGAAUUAAUUUUUUUAGAGAAGUUUUCAAAAAAUCUAACAUUUUUAGGUACGAUUGUCCUUAUCCAUAUUUUGUAUUGAAUGACGCCAACGCAAAAAUAAUAGAUUUCGAGAUGAAUAUGGCUCAAAUACAAGAAUCCGCGUCGCUCUUCGAAGUGAACGUUCCAGAAUUUAAACUACUUAAACAAUGCAGAAAAGAAUUGAAAUUAUUGAAACAACUUUGGGAUUAUGUUCAUCUAGUUCAUUCAUGUAUAAACGAUUGGAAAACUACUCCUUGGCGUAAAGUCGAUGUUGAAAACAUGGAUAUAGAAUGUAAAAAAUUCGCAAAGGAAAUUAGAGCGUUGGACAAAGAGAUGCGAUCGUGGGAUACCUAUACGUGUUUAGAAGCUACAGUGAAGAAUAUGGUAACAUCUUUGAGGGCUGUUGGUGAACUGCAAAACCCGGCGAUUCGCGAACGUCAUUGGAAACAACUCAUGAGCUCUACGAAAGUUAAGUUUGUUAUGGAUCAAGGCACAACCUUAGCUGAGUUAUUAGCAUUAAACUUGCACGAAUGCGAAGACGAUGUAAAGACUAUAGUUGAUAAAGCCGUAAAAGAAAUGUCUAUGGAAAAAAUGUUACGUGAGCUUCAAACAACUUGGGCCGCUAUGGAAUUUUAUCAAGAAACUCAUAGCCGUACAGGAUGCAGUUUGUUAAGAGCAAGUGAAAAGCUGAUUGAAACACUUGAAGAAAACCAAGUGCAAUUACAAAAUUUAAUGACUUCGAAGUUUGUGGCAUUUUUCUUGGAAGAAGUUUCUAGUUGGCAACAAAAGUUAAGUAUAGCUGAUCAAGUAAUAAAUUCGUGGUUCGAGGUGCAACGAACAUGGAUGCAUUUAGAAUCAAUAUUCAUGAGUUCGGAUGAUAUUCGUAAACAAUUACCAGAAGAUUCAGAGAGAUUUUUUCGUAUUGAUUCUGAAUUUAAAGAACUUAUGGCAAACAUGUCUAAAACACCCAAAGUGAUCGAAGCUACAAAUAAACCCGGGUUAAUAAAACAUUUGGAUGAUCUACACGGCCAUUUAACUUUGUGUGAAAAAGCUCUGGCCGAAUAUUUAGAAACCAAACGUUUAGCGUUUCCGAGAUUUUAUUUUGUGUCCGCCGCUGAUCUUUUAGAUAUCUUGUCUAAUGGAAAUAAUCCAGAUUUAGUCGUGAGACAUAUGAUAAAAUUAUUUGACUCAAUAGCAUCACUUGAAUUUAUCGACUCGAAAACAACUGAAAAGAAAGUAGCUGCAGGAAUGCAUGCCAAGGACGGUGAAUAUGUAAAAUUUAACGAAGACUGUGACUGUAGUGGACCAGUAGAAAAAUGGCUUAACAAGAUACAAUCAAUGAUGCGUGAAACGAUUAGGCAUAAUUUUUUAGAAAGUACUUUGUCUUACGAAGAAAAACCAAGAGAACAGUGGUUGUUCGACUAUCCAGCUCAAGUAUCGUUGUGUGGUACUCAAAUCUGGUGGACUACGGAAGUAAACAUUGCAUUUGCCAGGCUUGAAGAAGGCUAUGAAAAUGCCCUAAAAGAUUAUCAAAGAAAACAAAUUUCACAAUUGAAUACAUUGAUAUCAUUAUUAUUGGGAGAAUUGACCAGACAAGACAGACAAAAAAUAAUGACAAUUUGUACGAUUGAUGUGCAUUCUAGAGACGUCGUAGGUAGAUUAAUACAAUCGAAGAUUGAAAACGUACUUGCGUUUCAGUGGCAAUCACAACUCAGACAUAGGUGGGACGAAAAGGAAAAAGACUGCUUCGCUAAUAUCUGCGAUGCACAAUUUCGAUACAGUCAUGAAUAUUUAGGUAACACACCGCGUUUAGUAAUCACUCCUUUGACUGACAGAUGUUACAUAACCCUAACACAAUCGUUACAUUUGGUAAUGGGUGGAGGACCUGCCGGGCCCGCAGGAACGGGAAAAACAGAGACAACUAAAGAUCUCGGUCGCGCUCUCGGCGUCAUGGUUUACGUGUUCAAUUGUUCUGAGCAAAUGGAUUACAAAUCAUGUGGCAACAUUUAUAAAGGAUUGGCUCAGACUGGUGCCUGGGGUUGUUUCGACGAAUUUAACAGAAUAUCCGUCGAAGUGUUAUCAGUGGUUGCUGUCCAAGUGAAGUCUAUUCAGGAUGCGAUUCGAGAAAAGGCAACUACGUUUAACUUUAUGGGAGAAAAAAUUAGUUUGAUUUCGUCUGUUGGAAUAUUUAUUACGAUGAAUCCCGGUUAUGCUGGUAGAACAGAGUUGCCAGAAAAUUUAAAAGCUCUAUUUAGACCGUGCGCUAUGGUAGUACCAGAUUUUGAACUAAUCUGUGAAAUUAUGUUGGUUGCGGAAGGGUUUCAAGAAGCGAAAAUUCUUGCGAGGAAAUUUAUAACUUUGUAUACUCUUUGUAAAGAGCUGCUUUCUAAGCAGGAUCAUUAUGAUUGGGGUUUAAGAGCCAUAAAAUCUGUAUUAGUUGUUGCUGGUUCUUUGAAGAGAGGUGAUCCAGGACGUAUCGAAGAAGAAGUGUUAAUGAGAGCUUUAAGGGAUUUCAACAUACCGAAAAUUAUUAGCGACGAUGUCCCGGUAUUUAUGGGACUGAUAGGGGAUUUGUUUCCGUCACUGGACGUGCCUCGUAAAAGGGACCAGGAUUUCGAAAAGACUGUCAAACAAGCGGCCGUAGAUUUACUGUUGCAACCCGAAGAAAAUUUCAUACUCAAAGUCGUACAAUUAGAAGAGCUUUUGGAAGUUCGUCAUUCCGUAUUCGUAGUCGGGAAUGCGGGCACUGGUAAAACUGAAGUUUGGAAAACGCUAUUUAGGACUUAUCAAAAUAUAAAACGAAAACCGAUUUACAAUGAUUUGAAUCCAAAAGCCGUAACUAAUGACGAACUAUUCGGAGUCAUUAAUCCUGCUACCCGUGAAUGGAAAGAUGGUUUAUUUUCUGUAAUAAUGAGAGAACAAGCAAACAUCCCGAACAGCUUUCCCAAGUGGAUUUUAUUGGACGGUGAUAUCGACCCAAUGUGGAUUGAGUCACUAAACACCGUGAUGGAUGAUAACAAGGUAUUAACGUUAGCCAGUAACGAACGUAUUGCCUUAACUCCUUCGAUGAGGCUCAUUUUUGAAAUAUCUAACUUGCGAACGGCUACACCAGCCACCGUAUCUCGAGCAGGCAUUUUGUAUUUAAACCCGCAAGACUUGGGAUGGAAUCCAGAGUACGCCGUGGAAAAGAGUAACCUUGUAAUCCUGUUUGAUAAAUACAUACCACCGUGUCUGGAAAAUAUCCGAAACAGGUUUAAAAAAAUCAUACCAAUAACGGAGAUGUCACAUAUACAAAUGCUGUGUCAUUUGCUCGAGUGUAUUCUAGUGCCAGCCAAUACUCCGACGGACUGUCCUAAAGAAUGGUACGAACUAUACUUCACGUUUGUGUGCAUAUGGUCGUUUGGAGCGGCUAUAUACCAAGAACAAGUAGUUGAUUACAAAGUAGAGUUUUCCAAAUGGUGGGUGGCUGAAUUCAAAACCAUUAAAUAUCCGUCUCAGGGUACUGUAUUCGAUUAUUACAUCGACACGGAAACCAAGGAGUUCCUACCCUGGACAAACGUCAUUCCGAAAUUUGAACUGGAUUCGGACAUGCCCCUGCAGAGCGCUUUAGUCCACACGCCAGAAUCGAUAAGGACCAGGUUCUUUGUGGAUCUUCUCAUGGACCACAAACAUCCGGUAAUGCUAGUCGGGAGUGCGGGUUGCGGAAAAACGGUGUUGAUGAACGAGAAACUCACCAGCCUCUCGGAAAACUAUGCAGUGACUAAUAUACCGUUCAACUACUAUACGACGUCAGAAAUGUUACAAAAAAUACUAGAAAAACCUCUAGAGAAAAAAGCUGGCCGAAAUUAUGGACCACCAGGAAACAAAACACUCAUAUACUUUUUAGACGAUAUGAAUAUGCCCGAAGUAGAUUGCUAUGGAACUGUUCAACCGCACACUCUGAUACGGCAACAUUUGGAUUACGGACACUGGUAUGACAGAACCAAAUUGUCGUUAAAAGAUAUUCACAACUGUCAAUAUGUAUCCUGCAUGAAUCCAACAGCGGGAAGUUUUACAAUCAACCCACGGUUACAGCGGCAUUUUUGUGUCAUCGCUGUGAGUUUUCCAGGGUCAGAGUCGUUGACGAUGAUUUAUGCUUCAAUUUUAAAUCAACAUUUUGGAAAUUUCGAAUAUCGAAUUCCACAAGUCGCCUCAAAACUUGCCGAUAACGUAAUAGAAGCUACAAUUUGGUUACACAACAAAGUUAAUUCGGUGUUUCUGCCUACCGCCACCAAGUUUCAUUACAUAUUUAAUCUGAGAGAUUUAUCAAAUGUCUUCCAAAGAGUAUAUUCAGAUAAAUUAGUCGACGACAAAGAUUCAGACGCAUUUACUAAAAUACAGACUGAUGCGUUGAAAAAAUUCUUUGACGAAAUCGACGAAUGUGCAGUUUUUGAAAAACCAAAUAUUUAUUGCCAUUUUGCUCAAGGUAUUGGUGAACCUAAAUAUUUAUCGGUAAAAAAUUGGACUAAUCUUACAAAAUUACUGGAAGAAGCUUUAAAUUUAUACAAUGAUUUGGUUGCCGCCAUGAAUUUGGUGCUGUUCGAAGACGCUAUGAUGCACAUUUGCAGAAUAAACCGAAUAUUGGAAUCACCGAGGGGCAGCUGUUUAUUGGUAGGGGUUGGAGGUAGCGGAAAACAGUGUUUAGCGCGUUUGGCGGCGUUUAUUUCCAGCUUGGAGGUAGCUCAAAUACAACUACGCAAAGGCUAUGGGCUUUUGGAUCUUAAAAUGGAAUUAUCCAGUUUGUACCUGAAGUCGGGUUUGAAAAAUGUAGGAAUCGUUUUUUUGAUGACUGACGCUCAAGUCCCGUCGGAAUCGUUUCUAGUUUUGAUCAACGACAUGCUUUCGACGGGCGAAAUUCCAGAACUAUUUCCUGACGAUGAGGUUGAAAAUAUUAUAGCUGGCGUUCGUAACGAAGUUAAGGGCGCUGGGCAGUUGGAUACACGUGAAAAUUGUUGGAAGUUUUUCAUCGACCGAGUUAGACGACAGUUAAAAGUCGUACUGUGUUUCUCGCCAGUUGGUUCGGUGCUACGAGUUCGUUCCAGAAAAUUUCCCGCAUUGGUCAACUGCACAUCUAUCAACUGGUUUCAUGAGUGGCCCCAACAAGCACUCAUGUCUGUGUCCAAUCAAUUUUUAUCGGAACUCGAAGUGCUCCCCGAAAACUUUAGAGAAUCUGUCGCCAAGUUUAUGGGUUACGCGCACACACAGGUCAAUAUUAUAUCGCGAAUAUAUUUGCAGAGCGACCGCCGGUACAAUUAUACUACGCCCAAAUCAUUUUUGGAACAGAUAUCACUUUAUUCCAAGUUGCUAAGGCGAAAGUCGGCUGAAUUAGCUAGCAAAAUAGACCGCCUAGAAAAUGGGUUGGAAAAACUGAAAAGUACAGCUAAUCAGGUAGAUAAUUUAAAAGAAAAAUUAGCAAUUCAAGAAGUUGAAUUAAAAAUUAAAAAUGACGCGGCUGACAAACUUAUUCAAAUAGUUGGUAUUGAAACUGAAAAAGUAUCAAAAGAGAAAGCAUUUGCCGAUGACGAGGAAAAAAAAGUUGGUUCGAUAGCAGAAGAAGUAAAGAAAAAACAGCGAGAUUGUGAAGAAGACCUUGUUAAGGCUGAACCAGCACUACUCGCUGCUCAAGAAGCUUUAAAUACAUUGAACAAAUCAAAUUUAACAGAAUUAAAAUCAUUUGGAUCGCCUCCCGGUGUUGUUACAAAUGUAACGGCUGCUGUAAUGGUAUUAUUGGCGCAAAAUGGUAAAAUACCCAAAGACCGAAGCUGGAAAGCUACUAAAAUUAUGAUGGCUAAAGUGGAUAGUUUCCUAGAUUUACUCAUAAACUAUGACAAAGAGAACAUUCAUCCUGAAGUAACUAAAGCCAUUAAACCGUACUUAAAAGAUCCAGAGUUUGAACCUGAAUUCGUUAGAUCAAAGUCCGCCGCAGCUGCUGGUCUCUGUGCUUGGGUGAUAAACAUUAUAAAAUUUUAUGAAGUGUACUGUGAUGUGGAACCAAAACGAUUAGCCUUAGCUCAAGCCAACACGGAACUCGCUCAGGCCCAAGACAAAUUGGCCGUUAUAAAGAAAAAAGUUGCCUCAUUAGAAGAACAGCUUUCCAAAUUAACAGCUGACUUUGAGCAGGCCACAUCCGAAAAAUUACACUGUCAACAAGAAGCGGAUGCGACUAAUAAGACAAUCGAAUUGGCAAACAGACUAAUUGGUGGCUUGGGGUCAGAAAACGUUCGUUGGGCCGAAGCUGUAGCUUGUUUUAUGCAGCAAAGUACCACUUUGCCAGGAGAUGUUCUGCUUAUCACAGCAUUCAUAUCGUACGUUGGAUGCUUUACGAAACAUUAUAGACAAGAGCUGCUACACAAAAUAUGGACGCCAUUCGUAAAAACCUUAGAUCCCGCUGUACCAAUAACUGAAGGUUUAGAUCCGCUAACUUUACUGACUGAUGACACUCAAGUGGCGAUUUGGAAUAAUGAAGGAUUACCCAGUGAUCGUAUGUCAACAGAAAACGCAACUAUAUUAUCAAAUUCUGAUCGUUGGCCGUUAAUGAUCGAUCCACAACUACAAGGUGUUAAGUGGAUCAAACAGAAAUAUGGAGAAAGUUUAGUUGUAUUGCGUUUAGGGCAGAAAGGUUCAAUGGAAGAGUUAGAAAAAAGUAUAACGACGGGAAAAAUUGUUUUGUUAGAAAAUAUUGAAGAAAAUUUAGAUCCUGUUUUAGAUCCUUUAUUAGGCCGUAAUCUUAUAAAAAAAGGAAAAGCCAUUAAAAUGGGAGACAAAGAAGUUGAAUACAAUCAAGAAUUUCGGCUUUUACUCCAUACCAAAUUAGCUAAUCCACAUUAUAAACCUGAAAUGCAAGCUCAAACAACUUUGAUUAAUUUUACUGUGACGAGAGAUGGUUUAGAAGACCAGUUACUUGCUGAAGUUGUAAAAGCCGAAAGACCUGACUUAGAACAACUCAAAGCUGAAUUAACUAAACAACAAAAUGAUUUUAAAAUCAUGUUAAAAAAAUUAGAAGACGAUCUGCUCUCGCGAUUAUCUUCAGCAGGAGAUAACAUAUUAAGUGACACGGCGUUGGUGGAAAAUUUGGAAACAACGAAAAGAACUGCCGCAGAGAUACAACAGAAAGUUGCUGAGGCGAAAAUCACGUCGGAAAAGAUUGACGAAGCCAGAGAACAUUAUAGACCGGCAGCCGCGAGAGCUAGCCUGUUGUAUUUCAUACUCAACGAACUGAACACGAUUAAUCUGGUCUAUCAGUUCUCGUUAAAGGCUUUCAGCGUAGUGUUUAACAACGCCAUUGAAAAAUCAGUACCUGCGGAAAGCGUAUCGUUGAGAGUGAACAACUUGAUCGACUGUAUCACUUACUUCGUAUUCGUGUAUACUUCCAGAGGGCUAUUUGAAUGUGAUAAACUGAUAUUCGCAUCACAGAUGACAUUCCAAAUAUUAUUAAUGAGCGAAGAAAUAGCUCCACAAGAGUUAGAUUUUUUUUUGAGAUUCCCUACAGCUCAACAUAUUAGCAGUCCAGUAGAAUUUUUAUCUAAUUCUAGUUGGUCAGGUGUCAGAAGUUUGUCAACUAAAGACGAAUUUAGAAAUUUAGACCGUGAUAUCGAAACAUCAUCAAAAAGGUGGAAAAAAUUUGUUGAGUCGGAUUGUCCAGAACGUGAAAAAUUCCCCCAAGAGUGGAAAAAUAAAGUGUCGUUACAACGAUUAAUGAUGAUGAGGGCAUUACGACCCGACCGAAUGACUUAUGCUAUGUCGGUUUUUAUUGAAGAAAAACUUGGCACAAAGUACGUAGAAGGUAGAAGUGUGGAAUUUGCAAAAUCAUUUGAAGAAACUAGUCCAACAACACCUAUUUUCUUUAUACUCUCACCGGGAGUGAAUCCAUUAAAAGAUGUCGAAGAUUUGGGACAUAAACUAGGAAUUUCAACUGGAUUAAACAAUUUUCAUAAUGUAUCAUUAGGUCAAGGCCAAGAAGUCGUCGCCGAAAAUGCAAUGGAGAUUUCGGCAAAAAACGGUCAUUGGGUCGUUCUUCAGAAUAUACAUUUAGUAAAGAAAUGGCUACCAACGCUUGAAAAAAAAAUGGAACUACUCGGAGAUACAGCACAUCCGAAUUAUAGACUUUUUUUAAGCGCUGAGCCUGCAGCUACGGCAUCGGCACACAUUAUUCCACAAGGAAUUUUGGAAUCAUGUAUCAAAAUCACGAACGAACCACCGACAGGUAUGCAAGCGAAUUUGCACAAGGCGCUGGAGAAUUUCAACCAAGAAACAUUAGAGAUGUCGUCUAAAGAAGCCGAGUUCAAAGCGAUUCUGUUUUCACUUUGUUACUUCCACGCUGUAGUCGCUGAACGCAGGAAAUUCGGCGCACAGGGAUGGAAUAAGAUCUAUCCGUUUAAUGUCGGUGAUUUAAAUAUCAGUGUCAGUGUGCUGUUCAAUUAUUUGGAAGCCAAUAACAAAGUUCCAUGGGAAGACCUGCGGUAUUUAUUUGGUGAAAUUAUGUACGGUGGCCACAUUACGGAUGAUUGGGAUAGAAAAUUGUGUAUAUCAUAUUUGGAGGAACUAAUGCAGUCUGACUUGGUCGAUGGAGAUCUUCACCUAGCUCCUGGUUUCCCCGCACCACCAAAUACAGAUUAUCAAGGUUACCACAAUUACAUUGAUGAAGUGUUACCUGCUGAGAACCCAGUGCUUUAUGGUUUGCACCCCAACGCUGAAAUCGGAUUCAUGAGCACAACGUCUGAAAAUUUAUUUCGCACAGUAUUCGAAAUGCAGCCACGAGAAGCUGGUGCCAUAGGAGGUACAAAUGUCACAAGAGAAGAUAAGGUGAAACAAAUUGUUGACGAAACGUUAGAAAAAUUACCUGAAGAAUUUAACAUAACUGAGAUGAUGGGUAAAGUCGAAGAAAGGACACCUUAUGUGAUUGUAGCUUUUCAAGAGUGCCAACGGAUGAAUUUUCUAACAAGCGAAAUGAAACGGUCUCUUAAAGAACUAGAACUCGGACUUAAGGGUGAAUUAACUAUUACUUCGGAUAUGGAAGAUUUGGAAAACGCCUUGUUCCUGGAUCAGAUUCCUUUGGUGUGGACUAAUCGGGCUUAUCCAUCUCUGCUUGGUCUCGGUGCAUGGUUUUCUGAUCUUUUGCUACGUAUUAGAGAGUUAGAAACGUGGACCACUGAUUUUGUCGUUCCCACGUCAGUCUGGCUUUCUGGAUUUUUUAAUCCACAAUCGUUUUUGACGGCAAUUAUGCAGAGCACAGCGAGGAAACAUGAAUUACCUCUUGACAAAAUGUGUCUCCAGUGUGAUGUGACAAAAAAGCACAAAGAAGAAUUUAGUGGAGCCGCCAGAGACGGGGCUUACAUUCACGGGCUUUUCAUGGAAGGCGCCAGAUGGGAUAUAAUGCAAGGGGUUAUAAUGGAAUCCAAACUAAAAGAGUUAUUCCCUCAAAUGCCAGUGAUUAAUGUUCGAGCAAUUACACAGGACAAACAAGAUUCACGGAACGUUUAUGAGUGUCCAGUGUAUAAAACUAGAACGAGGGGGCCGACGUAUGUGUGGACAUUUAGUCUUAAAAGCAAAGAUAAAUCAUCCAAAUGGACAUUAGCGGGUGUUGCACUUUUGUUACAGUUAUAA